AUGAAAAUCCAUUAUACUAAUAUAUUAUUGUUUCCUCUAAAAUUAAAUAUAUUGGUAAAUACCCACAAAAAACCAUCCAUCUCACCACAUCAUAUACAAACUACCAGAUUGUUAUGCGAGUGCGAAUUAUAUAUGUCCAAUUAUGACAACGAUCCUGAAAUGAAAUCUGUGAUGCAACAAUUUCAUGAUUGUACAACACAAAGGUUUCAAGAAUACGAUGAAAGGUUGCAAGAAAAACGACAAAUAUGUAAAGAUAAAUGUGAUAAGGAAAUCCAAAAAAUUAUUUUAAAAGAUAAAAUUGAAAAAGAAUUAACCGAAAAAUUUUCUUCGUUACACACGGAUAUACAAGGUGACGACAUUCCAACAUGUAUUUGCGAAAAGUCCUUAGCAGAUAAAGUGGAAAAAGGAUGCUUGAGAUGUGCACAAAAUUUGGGGGGGAUUGUUGUACCCUCUUCAGGAGUAUUAGGAGAAAUUGCUGCAUUUGCUGUAAAUGCCUGGAAAACUACAGAAAUUGCAGCGGCUACGGAAUUAGCUAAACAAGCAGGUGCAGCAGCAGGUAAAAUUGCUGGUGAAGCUAUGGGUGUUAAAACAAUUAUUAGAAUAUUUGAAAAAAUAUUCUCUAUAGAUAAGUUAAAAGGAACAACAUUGAAAUCCUUUUUUACUACAACGCGUUAUAAUGAUGUCAAAACUAUUGCUAGUGUUAUUGAUACGGAAAUGAAUACGUCUUGUGUGUUGAAUUCCUUUGGUAAUCACGCUAUUUGCGGUCUUCGUACGAAAUUAGAUCUUGUUGCAAAACCUGGUCAAGUUAUGGUUAUACAGAAAGAUGCUAUAACAAGGAUGAUAACCGACGUUGUUCAUAAAGCUGAAAUUACUGCUGAAGCUGCAAAGACUCAGGUGGCUGCAUCUAAAACAGCAGCAGCUAUAAAAACGAACAUAGAAGCUAUAGAAGCUGCAACUACUCCUUACUAUACUCCUAUAAUAGCAUCUAUCGUUGCAGUAGUAGUUAUAAUUUUAAUUAUGGUAAUAAUAUAUUUAAUUUUACGUUAUAGAAGAAAAAAAAAAAUGAAGAAAAAACUGCAAUACAUAAAAUUAUUAGAAGUAUAG